AUGGAGCACAACUCGAUCACCCACCAAGAUGCGUCCAAGGUAUUCAACUCGGAGCAAGUUGAUCAGUCAAUGAUACAUCAUCCGACUUUGAUUCGGUGGUAUGUUGAUAUUCGACGCUGGGAGGACCAGGGGCUCGACCUUCCUUUGGUUCAUACUCUGACUCAGUCUGACCAAGAAGCUGUCAAGAGGUACUUUCACGCUUCAGACAAGCGCAUGUCCUUGGCCUCGCAGCUUUUGAAGUAUUACUUUGUCCACCAGACUACCGGUGCAAACUGGGAUGAAAUUGAGAUUCAACGUACUCCCGCUCCGGAAAAACGGCCGUUCUACGAUGCGAGCCUUGAUUUCAACGUCAGCCACCAGGCCGGCAUCACAUUGCUGGCAGGUACACGUGUUGCAAAGUCCGCUACAUCCGGGGCCAACUCUCUACCUCGUGUCGGUGUGGACAUUGCUUGUGUCGAUGAACCCUCUCGUCGUCGCGCCAAUCGGCCUCCGAAGACUUUUGCCGAACUCGCAACAUUCGUGGAUGUCUUCGAAGAGGUUCUCUCAUAUAAUGAGCUUCAAACAAUCAAGAACCCCUUAAAGACCGUUCGACUAGCCCAUCCGCUUGGUAUGACCAAGAUUGAUCCGAACGACCAUAAUGAAGAAUUACUUGCGGGCUACGGCCUGCGGCUCUUCUACUCGAUCUGGGCUUUGAAAGAGGCCUAUCUAAAAAUGACCGGAGAUGGCCUCAUAGCUCCUUGGAUUAAGGAGCUAGAGUUCUCAAAUGUUAUCCCUCCAAGCCUUGCUCCACCACAGGAUUUGUGUCAGCCCGAUCAGGCCACCCAUGCUGCCUUUGCCAUUGCACCCUCGGUACAGAGCUGGGGUCCGCCAUAUAGUGAUAUCAAAGUCACACUGAAGGGCAAGGUUGUGGAUCAUGUGCGCUUACAACUUGUCGCUUUCGAGAAUGAUUACAUUGUCGCAACAGCAGCUUCGGGCCCUAAUAUCGGCGCUGUAUCCAAAGAUAUCGUUAAUAAAGACGAUCACCACUUGCCCGGAUAUAUCAAUGUUCUUGAUCCUGCACAUGGUUCUAAAAACAUCCGAAUUGCGCCCGUUGCGGGUCGAGAUAUCGGAGACCGAGACCCCUGGCGAGUCCAUUCGGCGAUCAGUGACCCUUGGUUGUCCAUGCAAGAGGUCAAUAUUGACAUUGACAUUCGGCCCUGUGCCGAAGGGCGCUGCAGCCACCCGCAGAACCCCCACUCAGUCUUUGCGUAUGUAUAUCUCCGGUGGACCUUUCAUUGA